UGUUCCCGACGUUCCCGUUGUGUGUCGUGUGUGCGCCGCAGCUCUAGUCUCUAGUCUCUACUCACUGUCGAAUGCCGAUACUAUGACCGUAUUCGCUUGAAGUGUAACAAUUUAAAACUAUAAUAAUAAUAAUAUAGACUAUAGUCGUAGCAGUGGUCCGCUGUCAUCGUAGAGUUUAGACUUAAACUUGCAGAACGUCUGAUUGUUACACAUCGUUUGGCCCGUUAAUCGCAGAAUUGAUAGGUAUAAAGUAUAAACGUCCCAGUUCUGUCCGUCGGGCGUCAAUCGCUACGUCGUCCGUGGUCGAUUUUGUGCGCGCGAGUUAACUUUCGUCACGAACUUUCGGUCCCGUCGCUAGCGGUACCCGCCACAUAGAUAUCAGUCAUGUCUGAUUAAUCCGGCUAGUGGUUUUUUCGUUUUAUCGACGCCACUUCUCUCAUCUCGCUAUAACAUGGAUGACAAAAACGGUAUUGUAGCCGAUUUUCAGGCCAUCACCGGUAUUGACAAUGCAGGAGAAGCGUUGAUGCACUUGUCGAAUUUCAAUUGGGAUUUGCUGGCUGCCGUCCAACAUGUCACGCCACAACACACUCAACACUUGCCUUCUGAAGGACGCAGUAAUCAAUUGAACGCACCAACUGUAAUGAUUGCAGACGAUUUCAGCGGUAUGACUGCAUCAACAUCAAAUGAAACUCGCCGUUUAAUUACCAUCGAGAUUGAACAACAUGGCCAUAUUAUUGCCACAUUAAAAGUCAACGAUGGUUCAACAAUAGAUGAUUUAAAAACAUUGGUCUACGCGGAAAGUAACAUACCAUGUUGCCUACAAAACUUUAAUGGAUGGCCAAAUAAUCAACUCCCUUCCAAUAAAGAUACACUUUCCAAACUGAACCUUCCAGAUCGAUUUAAGCUAAAUCUUAUUAGAGGUGAUGGAGAUUUAAAUCAAGAGCUGAAUGGAAGAGCUAACUUGCGAAUGUUCACUCUAAACAUAACAAUGGAGGCUACAACUUCAAGUGAAUACCAAGUUUAUAAAUUGUCAUUCUCAUCUGAUCAGACUGUUGCACAAGUGAAAGAAGUUGUUGCAAACUUAACUAAAUUACCUAUUAGUAAUCAACAAUGGUUAGGUUGGCCACAUUUUGUUACUCCUGCUACAACUUUGGAAGAAUCUCAUAUUAAUUACCCAGUACAUGAUUUUAAAUUGAAGCCUUCAAAUUCAAUACUUAAACAUACCAGAAGAAGAUACAACACUAGAUUAAAUCAGUCUGUUGUUGAUAUGGAAACAAGCGAUUCUCCAAUGCCUUCAUCAUCUACUUCAUCUUCGUCCACAUCAUCAUCAUCUUCUGAAGAAGAUCCAUUUGAAGAUGCAGCAGAAUCAUUAAGUGGUAUUGAUGAUGAUGAUGAUGUAGAUACUAUGUUUAUGGACACAGAGGCACCUACUCGGAUCCGACCAUUAAUUGCUGAAGAUACUGAAGAUGAACUUGCUGGUUGCAUUCAAUUCAUUGAUGAAUUUCAAAAUCGUUAUGGUGAUAUGAGACCUCAGUUUUUUUUGGGAACACUUGAUCAAGCUAUCAAAAUUGCAUGUUUUAAACCUGCCAAAGAUAAACGUUUAUUAGCCGUUUACUUACAUCAUGAUCGCAGUGUAUUGUCAAAUGUAUUUUGUACACAACUAUUAUGUUUUGAAUCAGUCGUUCAGUAUCUCAAUACAAAUUUUUUAGUAUGGGGAUGGGAUAUGACACACCCUUCUAACAGAAAUAGAAUAUUGCAAUCAGCGUCUUUGUCGCUGGGUACAAUGGCCGAAAUAACUUUGAGAGCUAUUGACAUUAACAGACUACCAGCUUUAGUGUUAUUUACGCGUAAUCGGUCAAACACGGAAAUAUUGUCAGUUAUAAAUGGAGAUUGCAAUAUAAGUGAACUACUAUCGAGCCUUAUAAAUGCCCAAGAAAUGUUUGCUAUACAACAGCAAGUUGAAAUUAAAGAAGAAGGGGAACGUAAUAUGCGAGAAAUGAUUAAAGUAGAACAAGAUGAAGCCUAUCAACAAUCAUUGGCUAUUGAUCGAGCUAAAGAGGAAACUAAAAGAGUGCAAGAAAUGGAAGAAAAAGCAAUUCGAACUCAAAUUGAAAGUCAAGAAAGACAAGUCGCCGCAGAAAAAGAGGCUAUUCGACAACGUAUAGUUGCAUCUCUUCCGGCUGAACCAGAACCUGGUGAUCAAGUUGCAAAAAUCAGAUUCAGGCUUCCUCUUGGAAAGUUUUUAGAACGGCGGUUUCUGGCAUCAGAUAAUCUUCAAGUUUUGUUUGACUAUUUAUAUAUAAGUGGAUUUAGUCAAGAGGAAUUCAAAGUAAUUUCUAGUUGGCCUAGAAGAGAUUUAACAACACUAGGUGUGACUCAAACCAUGAAAGAAUUAAAUCUGUAUCCACAAGAAACAUUAACUCUAGAAGAACGAUAAGUCUAUGUAAAUGCAUGAAUGUAUAAAUUUAUUUAUCACAAAUAAGAUUUUUUUUAUCAAAAAUAAAUAGGAUAUUGUUUCUAUUAUUAUUAAAAAUGAUGAUUGUAUGCUACACAGCUUUUCAUUUAAUAUUAAAAUUUAUCAAGUGUUAAGUUUUAUUUAAUUUGGUAACAGAGUAAAAAAAAAACCGAAUGUUAAUAUAAUUUUUAUUUAUUACAAAACUAUAAAUUAAUAUUUAAAUCUUCACUGUCUUUUAAUUUUAAUUUUUAAAUUAUGUAAUAGUAAAUAUAUUUCUUCAAAAAUAGUUUAUACUACUA